AUGUUCCGACCUCUGAGUAUUUCUUUACGAAAUUGUAGACCAUUCGGUGGAGGAAGCCCUUGGAAUACACCGUCGGUUCGGCAGUAUUCUAAACUCCUCCGAACUUUUAGGCGACCCUUACUCUUAUCAAGUGCGCGAGCUCUCAAAUUCUCCCGUCCACAUAUCCUAUCCCGAAGAACUCUAGCCAUGGCAACUUGUGCUGCUCCUGUCAAGGAGAAGUAUGAAAGACUUCCCGAAUUUGUACGCCCAACUCAUUACAACAUCAGCUUGAGCCCUGAUUUGGUUAACUUCACGUUUGAUGGUAAAGUUGAAGUUGAUCUUCAAAUCGCAAAGCCGACGAAUGUUUUGAAAUUCCAUGGUCGUGAGUUGGAAAUCAGAAACAUCAAGUUAGAACUUGCUGAUAAAUCGAUUUUGAACCACACGGACAUUGUUUUCGAUGACAAAUAUCAGAUUAUAAAUGUGAACUUCCCAGUAGAAAUUGCUCCUCAACAAGUCAAACUCACAAUCGACUUUCUGGGAUGUCUUAACGAUAAAAUGAGAGGCUUCUACAGAAGUUCCUACAAGAAUCAAGAUGGUGUGCAGAAGUUCCUGGCAUCUACCCAGUUUGAGUCAACCUACGCUCGGUACAGUUUUCCUUGUUGGGAUGAGCCUAUUUUCAAAGCUACUUUUGACGUAUCUCUCAUUGUUGAUAAGGAAUUCACAGCUUUAUCUAAUAUGGAUGUCAAAACUGAGACAUUAAGCGAAUGCCAAAAAAAGAAAGUUGUAACCUUCAAUACCUCUCCAAUAAUGUCUACUUACCUUGUUGCCUUUGCUGUCGGAGAGUUGGAAUAUCUUGAGACCAAGAAUGAGAGUGGAACUAUUGUUCGUGUUUAUACAGUUCCAGGAAAGAAGGAUCAUGGUAAAUUCGCUUUGUCAUUGGCUGCUAGGGCUCUCGACUGGUAUAACGAUUGGUUCGAUAUUCCAUAUCCUCUUCCCAAAUGUGAUUUGAUUGGUAUUCCUGAUUUCAGUAUGGGUGCCAUGGAGAAUUGGGGUCUUGUAACCUAUCGUGAGGUUGCUCUUCUUUUCGAUGAAGAAAAAUCUUCAACGAGACAGAAAGCUCGAAUUUCUCUUAUCAUUGCUCAUGAGUUGGCUCAUCUAUGGUUCGGAGAUUUGGUCACAAUGAAAUGGUGGACUGAUCUUUGGCUUAAAGAAGGCUUUGCAUCUUUUAUGGAAUAUCUUUUUGUCGGAUAUAAUUAUGAAGAUUUACAAAUCUGGCUAUACUUCCUCAAUGAUGAGCUCGCUCAAGGAUUCAAGCUGGAUGCUCUUAGAAGUUCCCAUCCCAUUGAAGUUGAAAUUGAUGACCCCAAUGAGUUAGAUGAGAUUUACGACUCAAUCACAUAUGCAAAGUCUAACUCGGUGAACAGAAUGCUGUGCUAUUAUCUCGGUGAAAAGACUUUCCAAAAAGGUCUUCGCUUGUACUUGAAGAAGUACCAAUAUGGAAACGCCGUCACUGUCGAUUUGUGGGACUGUUUGAGCGAAGCUUCCGGCCAAGAUAUCGCUAAGCUGAUGUCUGGAUGGACUAAACAAAUGGGAUACCCUUUGAUUUCAUGCGUUCAGGUUCAACAAGGAAAUGAUCGAGUAUUGAAACUGAAACAAAAACGGUUCCUUGCUGACGGUGGCGAAGAUCAUGAGAAUACUUUGUGGCAGGUUCCAAUUACGGUAGUCUCAGGUUCUGAUCCAAAAGCUAUCAAAGCUAGUUUCCUUCUGACCGAGAGAGAGCAAGAGUUCACAUUGAAAGAUUUCCCUGCCAACGAUUGGCUGAAGUUGAAUGCGGGAACUACUGGUUUCUACAGAGUGGAAUAUGAUGAAGCCUCUUUCAAGAAUCUUCUCCCAGCUUUCUCCAAUGGACAAAUGGACGUGUUGGACAGAUUCGGAAUUGCUAAUGAUCUCUUUGCUCUGGUUCGUGCUGGUAAAGCCAACGCUGAUCAGUUCCUGACUCUUCUCGAAGCAGCUAAAGCUGAAGAGGAAAACGUUGUCUGGGGCACAUUGGAUUAUGGAAUUUCCACCUUAGGUAAUGUCCUUAUCAGUGCUGACUCUGACGGAACAUUGAAGAAACGUUUUGAUAAAUUCAUUGUUGAUAUUCUAUCUCCCCUUAAAGAGCGUGUAGGAUGGGAACCAACUCCAGGAGAGAGUUCUCAAAGAUCUCUCAUGCGAUCUGUUAUCUUGGGAAGACUUUCCAAAGCCGGACAUCAAGAUACUAUUGCCACAAUGAAAUCUCUGUUUGAUGAGCAUGUUUCAAAGAACAAAGAGCUUCAACCUGAUCUUCGUUUAUCUAUUUACGGAUCCGUUGCUCGCCACUCUGGCGAACAAGUUUAUGAUGAUCUCCUCAACAUUUAUGAAAACGUCGGCUUUGGUGAAAUCGAGCGUCAAGCCCUCGUUGCUUUGGCUCAAGUCCCAGCUAUUCCACAAUUAGAAAAACUUUUCGAAUAUGGAAUUAUUGAGGGAAAAAUUCGAUCACAGGAUUUGAUGAUGAUUAUGAUCGGACCCAGCGGCAGCAAGGAUGGUCAAGAGUUCUUGUGGAGUUAUUUCAAGAAAAACGUUAACGUUUUCUUGGAAAAGUUCGGAGGAGUCAAUGCUAGUCUUUUCCAACACUGCUUCAAACUUUCUGCUGAAAGUUUCAGUACUCAAGAAGCCGCCCAAGAAGUCGAAAGCUUCUUCUGCUCUUGCCUCGAUGCAAACUCGGUGAAAACACUUGAUAGGCCAAUCAGACAAGUUUCUGAAGCUAUUAGGUUGAACCAUGCACUUCUUAUCAAGAAUGCUCCCAUUAUCGACCAGUUCUUGAAAGAUAGAAAACAUUAA